CUUGGCCCGAGCUUCCAUCUCCUAGGUCCAUCGACAUUCACGGCCACAAUGAGUUCAGAUGCGCAGAAUCUGCACAAUAAGGCUAUGAAGGCCGAACUGGCCCAAGAUUACGACCUGGCGUUCAAGCUGUACAUCCAAGCCGCCGAGCAAUACUUGCAUCGAAGUCGCCUUCCAAACCAAUCAGAGAAGCUGAAGGAACUACUCAAGGCUAACGCACGAAAGUGCAUGGAGAGGGCUGAGAAGAUCAGAAGCGCGGUGAAACGGAAAUCGCCAAGCGUAGCGGAGCCCUCUUCGAGUAAGGCGGCGCCGCCAACGCUGACGCCUGUUGCUUUGGAUCCUUUCUCUGAAGAGCAGCAGUAUUACGUUUUGAAGAAGGGCUCGGUCGUAAACGGACGCACAUUCGCGCCGUGGGACGAAGCCACGCCUCCAAGCUCUACAGGCCGCCCGUUCGAGGAUCCGGACGGCCAGCCAACCCUAUCCGAGGCGCAGCGAGCACACGAACCCAUCUGGCUCCGCGCUUCAUACUCGAAGACAUCUCUAGGCAGACGACUGAUCCCGGAAGAUAUACACCAGCACGUUGUGACCGAUUGCUCCCUUUGCGCGUCCGUGUCCGUAUGCCUUGAACGUGAUAGGCGAAUCGGGGGCAACCUUGCUCGCUCAUGUCUUUAUCCGUCCGAGCUUUCGCGAGAUGCUCUCGACGGCUUCAAUGGCCGCUUUGAUUUGAAGCUUCUGUUUAACGGAUGUUGGCGCCGAAUAGUCAUCGACGACAAGUUGCCACGCCGCGCGUCGACGAAUCGUCUCGUCUGCUUGUCGUGUAUUAGCACGACGAACCGCGUACAGCGCGCCGAGUUUGAGUUGCUGUGGCCCAGCAUACUCGAGAAGGGCUAUAUGAAGCUCAUGGGAGGCUAUGAUUUUCCUGGGUCGAACUCGAGCGUGGAUCUUUAUGCACUCACUGGCUGGAUACCCGAGCAGAUCGACAUUCAUAGUCCGCACUUCGUGCAAGAGCGGACAUGGAACCGGCUAAAGCAAGGCUUCGACAGCGGCGACUGCCUGAUCACGCUCGGAACCGGAACGCGAGAGGGUCUGGCCUGGCAGGGCUCAUUGUUGCUCGGCGCGCACGAUUACCCCGUUACAGGUCUUUACGAAGACGGCUUGGACCGAGGCAUGAUUGUCCUCGACUCCUGGUACGAGGCCCUAGAAGACAAGGAAUGCCCAGACUCGUCGCGUAUGUCUUUCUCCGGGCCAGAUAUCCCUUAUUCGACUCGAAUGCAUGGCACAACAGGAAGCAUGCAGAUUCCCUGGGUAGACGUCAUAAAUCUGUUUGACGGGAUCUACGCCAAUUGGAACCCGGCGGCGUGGGCAACCUCGUUGGCUUUCCAUGGGAAGUGGAAAGCGACUGUGGAAAAUGAGACCUCUCAGACGAAGCAAUUACGACUGAGGUACGAGCUCUCUUCCUCGGCGGGCUCCGACAUCGAGAUAUGGCUCCUCUUGUCUCGGCACACGAACGACACACGUCAAUCAAGCGACUAUGUCAGCCUGAGUGCGCAGGAAGACGACCUCGAUAACUUCGUCGUGCGGCGGCAAAGCCAUCACAUUUCGUCGGAGGGAGAAUAUACCAACAGCCUUCACAUCUUGGAGAAAGUCAGGCUUUCACCCUCGUCGCAAGGCGGCUGCCUAUCAAUAUACUGCUCCUACGAAGGGAGCGCGACCGAGAACGGGUUUACGUUAACCGCCUAUGCACCGAAGGGGGUCGAGAUAUCCUGGGAUAAGACCAUUCCUCGACCCCCUUAUGUGGCACAGGCUGAGGGUCGCUUCAUGGCGAAGAACUCCGGCGGAAAUGCGAACUAUCCUACCUUCAUGAUCAACCCGCAGUACCACCUUAAGCUCUAUCCGCCGAAGAGGGGCGACGCGCGCGCGAAGUCGACUGUUUCGAUCUCGUUGCAGACGUCGAGGGAGGUGCCGGUGAAUAUCUCGCUGGCGUGGUCGCAGGGGGAGAGGGUGUACCAAUUGCUCGAAACGAACAUUGCAGCGUCUUCAGGCGCGUACACUUAUGGCAUGGCCCGGCUCUCUACCCAGCUAGCGCCCGGCGACUACACGCUCAUCGUCUCCGCCUUCGAGCCCAAGUACCGCGGGCCGUUCGCUCUCAAAGUGGAGACCGAUAACGUCGCGGAGCUGACGCCGAUACCGCAGGAGGGCGCGGGGAUGUACGCGACGACGUUGCGGGGGGCAUGGGACGCAGACACUGCAGCCGGAAGUCCUAGCUUCCGACGAUACGAGAGGAAUCCUAUGUACACCUUCACCCUGAAGGCGCCUACGCGUAUCAAAGCCCGCCUCCAACUCACCUCGCCCUCCACCUCCACCGCCUCUUCCCCCUCCCCCACCCACACCACCGCGCUCAACCUCACUAUCUACCCCGCGGGCGAGGCGCGCGCCUUCAACGACCACGUCGCGACCUCGGGGCCGUACGACGACGCGUUGCCCGGGGUGUGCACGCCGGAGGUGACGUUGCAGCCGGGGAAGUAUGUGCUGGUGCCGUCCACGUAUAAUCCGGGGGUGGUGGGUGGGUUUUUGGUGUGUUUGUAUGCGUCGGCGGGGGAUUUGGUGGUGGAGAGGGCUGGGUAGGGCGAGGGGAGGGGAGUGAAUGGGAGGGGAGGCUAGGGCGCCAUGCCAAGCAUGACAAGGGUUCGACCUCAGGUGCAGGCGUUCGUUGAGAAACCCAGCGCCAUCUCAGGCGAGCCUGCAGGCUAGGCGAACAGGUGUAGAUCACGAUGUGGAAGGUGGCAUUUCCAUGAUCUGAACCAUCGAUUGUACAUCACCUCCAAUACGCAAGCGAUAUGAAGGGGACGAAGGGCACGGUGGCGCAGCUAUACUUUGAACCUCCAGCGUACUGGACUCAACGCUCUGGAAGCGCGCCGCAAGUUUUUCC